UCCGUUAGGCAGCAAAUGCGCGCAGAUAGCUAGUAGAAAAAGGCUGCGGCGGUCGCCGGGUGAUGACGUCCAUGCUGGAAAAUGGAGAAAAAACACAUGUCAGCUUUUGCUCUGUAUCAAACGUUGUCAACAGAUGUGCCUCCCCCUGCUAAAAAGCCUUCAGUGCAGGCGGCCGCCAAGAAGAAAAAGAAAAAGGAGAACGGAGUCGCAGUCCGCAAGGUCAACACCCUUAAAGCUCAAACGAGGCCUGAAAAAAGGAAACCGAGAAAGAAGCUCCUGAAGUCUGCACAGAGAGAGGAGAGCCUUAAGGGAAAUGGAGAGCAGCAGCAGCAGCAGCAGGAGGAGGAGGAGUGUGUGAGUGGAGACGAUGAGGCUCUCGAUGCUUUGCUUGGCGCACUGGCAAGAGUCGGCAACAGCAGGGAGAGAGCCAGCAAACUGUUCCAGUGGCUCAUUCACCCCAUUCCUGCCAAAGCCUUCUUCAGGGAAACAUGGGAAAAGAAGCCCAUUCUUGUUCAACGCAAGAAUCCAAACUACUACAAGGGAUUAUUCUCCACAGCAGAGUUUGAUCGCAUAUUAAGAGAGGAGGAUGUUCAGUAUGGAGUGAACCUGGACGUCACGAGCUACACUAAUGGCAAGAGGGAGACACACAAUCCUCCAGGGAGAGCUUUGCCGUUCACGGUGUGGGACUUCUAUGAGCGUGGCUGCUCCCUCCGAAUGCUGAAUCCCCAGGCUUUCUCCUCCACUGUGUGGAACGUGCUGUCCAUCCUUCAGGAGCAGUUUGGCAGCAUGGCGGGAGCCAACAUAUACCUGACACCAACAGGAACACAAGGCUUUGCUCCACAUUAUGACGACAUUGAGGCGUUUGUGAUUCAGCUGGAGGGGAAGAAACACUGGAGAGUGUAUAACCCAAGGACCGACGACGAGGUCUUGCCUAUACUUUCAAGUCCGAACUUCGACCAGGAGGACAUCGGGAGGCCAAUCCUGGAAGCGGUGCUGGAAGCUGGGGAUCUCCUCUACUUUCCCAGGGGAUUCAUCCACCAGGGCGACUGCCUGCCGGACGCUCACUCCCUGCACAUCACCAUCUCCUCUUACCAGAAGAACAGCUGGGGGGACCUGCUGCAGAAGGUGGUUCCAGCAGCACUGGAAAUAGCAAUGGAGGAGGAUGUGGAGUUCAGACAGGGCUUACCUGUGGACUACCUGACAUACAUGGGAGUGCAGAAUUCUGAUAAGGAUGAACCACGCAGGACAAAAUUCUUCUCGCGAAUCGAGAGCCUGAUGAAGAAGCUUACAAAUUACGCCCCGGUUGAUGCCGCCGUGGAUCAAAAGGCCAGAGACUUCCUCCAUGACUGCCUGCCUCCUGUGCUGACUCCAGAGGAACUGGCCACCAGUGUUCAAGGAGCACCUGCUCGGUGGGAAUGUGGGCAAGUUAUGGGCGUAGGUGCGGGCAUCAAUAUCCAGACCCGAGUCAGAGUCCUCCGUGCGGGAUGUGCCAGGUUAUGCAGUGAGGGAGAGGCUGUUCAUCUUUACUACACCAUAGACAACUCCAGAGUCUACCACAAAGAGGAGCUCAAGAGUUUCGAAAUACAGCCGGAGCACACAGAUGCUGUGGAGUUCCUGAUCCAUUCUUAUCCCAAAUUUGUGACAGUAGGAAGCUUCCCAUGUGAUUCAGCAGAGGACAGGGUCACUUUGGCCGAGCUGCUAUUUGAGAGAGGGAUUAUCCACACUGCAGAACCUCUAACGGCCUGAGAUUCUUCAGUCAUGCUGAUUGCAUGAGUAGAUUCAAAUUUCCUUUUUGUACAAAAAUACAAUCUUUGACUCAAAACA